AUCGCGUGUAGUUUAGCUAUAAUUUUUCUGGUUUGCUUAUUUAUCGUCUACGUCCAUCCUUGGAUAAAUUCGCGUUAACUCUUUCCCACUCUUAUCUCUUGUAGCAAUGCGUCUCUUGCUGUUGACGACGCUUCUAGCGUUGCUUGAAUGGAGACAGGUGCGUAGCGAGGACGAUUACCUUUGUGAACUUCCGCAGAAGCUGUACGCAGAACGCGGCUGUAGAGCUACAAAGAUGUGGAUAUUUCAAAGCACACUCGUGAUCAGCAAAGAUUACAUCAAUAAGUUUAAACGCUUCGACGAGCUACGCGAUUUGCUUACGAGAUACAACCGUGAAAUGUCUACAAACUCCUCUACGAAUACCUCGUGUGAGGAGGAUCUGAGAUGGAACUCCAACGAUAUCGAUAAGUAUGCGGUCAACCAGACUUACGAAGAAAAUCGAAAUUUUGCUAAGCUCUAUCAGAGCAAUUUUCCCCAGUUGUUGCCCAAAAACUACAACAAUACUUACUACAAGCUCGCUCACACUAACUACAAGCACGCUGAAGCGAGUUUAAGAGCUUUUACUGAGGAAUUAUUUGAUAAAAGCACAGUGCCUGCGUCUGAAGAUAUGGAAUAUUUGACUAAAUUGCUGCAUCCGUGCGAGCAAUUCAAGAAUAACUACACAGUGGUGCAAAAUAAUAGAAAUAAAUUUUAUGAUACGACUUUGGAAUAUUAUGCCAAACUCUUGGACUUAGAGCUUGGAGUACAGCUGACCAAAGAAGACAUUGACACGAUGAUCAUGAUAUGCUCCUUACAGAAUGUUUUAAACCCGAAUGGCUGUAACUGGUGUUCCACUUUUACAAUUAAUGAUUAUUGGAAGAGUGCGCUCGCUGAGAAUUUUGGAUUGGGCUAUGGAUUAGCUAAGGUUGAAUACUUGAAUUGCCGUCUAAUAAAGGACAUAAUGUCGAUUCUCAACAGUACAGUGUCACCACAUGUGGUCGCUUAUUUCACCGAUUUGCCGAUUGCGCUUACAUUUCACCAAUGGUUUAUACGUCCCGACGUAGAAAUUCAUGGCAAGUUAGAAAAUGUUCGCAAUUCAUUUGCGGACAAUUUUGUCGCCGUCAAAUACUAUUGUCCUGCCGAAGCGGAUAUGGAGAAGGAGAAGAUUGCGUUCUUAUACAAUAUGGAUUUUGUGCAGUUCAAAUUUUGUAAAACGAGGUUGUGCAACUGGUCGAUUUUUUUGGACUUUUUUAAAAACACUUUGAAGGGCAAUUGUGAUGAACUAUGUCUUUCGAAAAAAAAUGCGGGAGAGACUAUUGCUCCGAUGCUUGUUACUAUAUUGCUGACUGUCAUUGUGAGACAGCUAGUUUUUUAAUCUAGUAUGGUAAAGAAAAUAAAAAUUUGUAAUUUAAAUGUUUUUCUAUUAGUAAUUCCAAAAACAAUUCCUCAAC